AUGUGGGCCGCAAAUAUGCCUUACUAUUCAGAAUACCAGUCAGACCGUUCCAGGCGCGAUACUCAAGCAAAACUGAGCCCGCAGGCCAACAGUGGUGCCGAUAUGACUAGUUAUUACGAUGUAUCUCCUCCAGCAUCCCAAUCACCUCUCGAUCUCGAUGAGUACUUGGUACCAGCUGUUGAAGGUCCUCCAUCUCCCGAAAGAAUACGUCAAUUGAGCAAGCAGAUGAAACAUGCGUCUCAUCUCAACCGCGGCCAACGCACUGCAUCCACUGGAUCCUCGAUACUUAUGACUGGUGAGCGUGGAUGGGAGCAGGGUUUCGAAAACAUGAGCAUCACCCGGCACUCAUCCCAACGAUCCACAACUACCAGCGGAAGUUCCUCCCGAGACCGACCCGACAGUGUCCAGGUAUUGGGCAAGAACAUAUUUCAUCGCCGUGCAAAGUCAAGCAAGUCAGGUCGCCGCCGUGAGAGCAGUGCUCAAAGCUCAGCAGCAAGCUCAAUUUACUCAACUGAAGUGGGCAGUGAAACCUCCUUGGCCACUUUCAAAGACGCCAUCAUGCCGACCAUCUUUGCUCGCCGGAAGUCUUCUCGAGAUGACGUCGCCCUCCAAAAGAAGCUUCAAAUCUCUGGACCCUUCAACUUCCAGCAUGUGACACACACUCCCCGCGACCAAGCGAACAACUCGGCCUCGCGCACUCCCGCACAGGAGCUGCGCAUGCCCAACUUCUCGGCUUCCACGGAGCAUGUCCCUGAACCUCAGGUAUCACCCCGUAGUGCAAGAGCCUCUGCCCUUCCAAGACGUUAUAUCAAGCAGGCUAGAUCUCAGGAGCAGCUUCGUACCAGCCCGCCUCGUCCAAUCCGACCCCCGAGAUCUCCCCCUAUUGAGGAGCUUCACUCUCCUACAUUGGGUGCUCCUAUUCCGCCCCCGAGAAGCUCCAGCCGACAGCCAAGAGAAAGCGACUCUCUUGCAAUGACGGGCCGGGACCGUCCUCUGACAAGCGGCGGCUUCCGACACCCUCGACCUUUCAGCCCCAAAGACACAAUGGAACGAGCCUCAGCAGUGCCUCAAGGGUUUGGUGUUGUCAUGGACCAGGAACCAUUGCCAGUAGACGACCAUCGCUUCUCGCAUGCUAUAACUACCCCUGACGAUGCCGCCUGGCCACUCCCCGCAACCACAAACUAUGAGCCACCGUUGCCAGAUGUUCCAGAGGAGGAGGAGAUGAUGCGCUCGCCGAAAAACACUACCAGCACAAGGUCGUCGCUUCGUGCUAGUCAGUCUGUUCCUCUGCUGAGGGGACCCCAGGGCUCAGAGAACGCUGCCGCCCAACGUAGUGCUGGACAUUACAAGGGUAGUGUAGGUCACAUCCCCUCCAUCAGGGAGAGCUGGGAAGACGACAUCGACUACUGUUACGAGCACGAAGCCGAUGCCAACUUCGAAUACGAAUGGGAGAGGCCAUCAAUGGACACUGGACGAGAGACAGCACCUGGGUUCCGUCUCGACAUGUUCGGAGAUGAUGAGCUGAGGGAGUUGCCGUCGGUUGGCACAGCUGAGUCGUCUCCCGGUAUGCUUUCCGCAUCCCGUUUUGAUAUGCCGGCUCUAAGCCCUGCUAGUCACGCUUCUCCCGAGAGCACCUCCGAGACUGCCUCCCCAAACAUGGGUGUCGCAGUGACCAACAACUUUUCGCUCCCUCGUGGAGAAAAGGGUCGUCGCCCUCCUCAGCUCAACCAUACUCGAAAUGACUCACGCGCCUCUAGCUUCAGGGAGUCGUACGGCUUUACCUUGUCGCCUUCACUCCUUAUUCCUGGCGACUACCACCAGCAAAUGCUCCUCAACGAGACUGAGAAGCAGAGCUACCUGUGCGAGGAUGAAUUGGUCCACGGUAUCGUCGACCAUGAUCACAUCUAUGAGAAUGCUAGCAACGCUGCCAGUCACAACUCUCUCCAACUGUCUAACCAACGUGCCAGUACCUCUACCACUGCCACCAACUCCACUUCCCUUUCCGACUCUACUGGCGAACGCCAUGUUUCUACCAACUCCACUUGGACCAACCUUACCCGUCUCACAAGCAGCACAUCGCUCAAUAAGUGGGUUGAGCAAAACGAUGGUGUUCGCGAAUCUUUGAUCAUCAAGUCUCAUGAUGACAGCGAAGAGGAAGACACCACCCCUCCCGCCUCUAUUGAGAAGGACACUGUCCCUGAGCUUACCCCCUUCCCUUCUGUACCCGUUAGCAAGAAGCCUCACCACAAGAGCCAUGCAAGCGAGUCCAUCGUCAGGGAGGAGGUCCCCGUCAACAAGUCGGUUGAGGCCAUCAAGACCCGACGUCCUCGUGCCAGGACAACAAGUCUCAGCGCGCAGGCACCUCCCGUCGGGCAAUAUGCUCUUUUCCCCCGCACAUAUGCCAAGGGUAGUGGCGAUCGUAUCUAG